AUGAUGGCACACCGUGACCCCAAGAGAGGGGCAAACAGACUCAUGAGAGCCCAGACCCUCAAGAAGCAGCAGAGGGCCCCAGCUGGGCCAAGGGUUCCCCCACCCGAUGAGGAAAAUCCCAGGGUCAAGUGCAAAGACUGCGGGGCGUUUGGCCACAAGGCCACAAGUACGAGGUGCCCCAUGAAGCGCUGGAACGGAGCCUUGGUCCCCCAGACCUCUGGCAAAGAGGAAGGGAAGGAAAACCUGAAGCCGUGGAAGCCCCGGGUUGAGGGGAACCCGGGGCUCUGGAGCAAGGAGAAGGCAGAGAAUGAAGAGAGACCAAGGCCGCAGGACCAGCAGAGGAAGGCUCUCCUCCAGAUAAUUUCCGGGAAACCUCAAUCCAAGCGGCUGCCCGGUGGAAAAGAAUCGGGGGAACCCUGUGACUAUCUGACGGGGGCAAGCAGGCCAAUGCCAGUCCACACCACCAAGAGGAGGCCAGUCGUGGACGCUGCUCUCACCGACGGCGCAGCUCCCAAAAUUGCUGACAGGGGCUCCACCUGGGCUUCACUGUCUCCCCUCAAGAAAGCCAGUGUGAGCUCCUCCUUAAGUCGUGGACCCACGGAACCACAGACAGGGGCUGUGGCCCACAUCCCUCAGGCUGCAUCCCGGGGCCGUGGCCCGCAGCCUCUCCUCUUGGUGAAGCCCACAAACAGCCGCCCUGAGGAUGGCUGCCGUGAGGUUCCCCAGGCUGCCUCCAGCACCCACGGUCUGAACCCUGUCAUCGACCCCCAGGCACAAGCCAAACGUCCUGCUGUGACCUCACAGCCCUGCCCACCAGCCGCCACACACAGCUUGGGCCUAGACUCCAAUCUCAGCUUCAGGCCAGGAGCCAAGAGGCCUGCCCAGGCUCCGAUUCAGGCUUGCCUGAGUGUCCCCAAGAAAGCCAGACUCGGUCCUGUCCAGAUCCCCGAAAACAGCAUCCAGGGAGGGGAGCCGGGCGCCCUGGAGACUCUACAGCCUCCGCCAGCUCUAACCGAACUUAGACCAAAUAGGUCACCCCAGAUGAGCAGGAGGACACCCGCCCAGGUGCCCAGCCUCGACCUGCAGCCUCCUCACAGCAGACCCUGCCUGCCUACCGUCCGGGCCUGCACCGUGUCCCACCAGCCAGCGGCCGGCCAGGAUGGAUACCAGCCUCUCAGAAUGCUCUUCAGGAGACUGGGAGACGGAGGGUGGAGCUCCACGUUCCUCACGGCUCCGUCACCCGACUCUGCGAAGAGGCCGGGAGCCUUCCCGACUCAGAGCCCUCAUGUCCCAGAGAAGUCUGAGGGGCCCUGUGUUUGUGUCCCACGGAGUGUCCUCUGUGAGGACCUUCAGGUGUCCUCUUCCUCCGAGGAGGAGCUGGUCUGA